AUGUCUGCAUAUCCUUCUCUCAAACCUGCUUUCACAAUCAAGGUCAAUAUAGAUGCUGCGUUGGCUGUCGGCAGCGCCUCGCGAUCCAACCCGUUGCAGGUCGUGCCCAUGACUGGCGGUACCUUCAAGACUGAAUCGAGCUUCUCACCGUCCGUCGAUGCCGAAUUCGUGGGUGUCGGAAAUGAUUACAUCCAUGCCGAUGCGGACGGGGAACAUUUGCGAUUGAAUGCGCAUAGUGUUCUCAAGACCCACGACGGUGCCCUCAUCUACAUGAACUACACAGGCGUCGUCACCGUGACUGCCGCCGAACAGGCCGUAUUCGACGGCAUCGCGGUCGGCGGAGCGACGUCAUUUGGUAAUGCUUUCACGCAUUUUACCUUUGAGACUGGUGACGACCGCUACAAGCAGCUCGAGCACGGCGUCUUCGUCGCGCAGGGCCGCUUCAUCGUUCAAACGGACAAAUCGGUGGUGGUGGAGUACCGAGUCAGUCAGGUGGUUCACGCAUAA